UUUUUUUAAAGUUUUCUUUGAAAAUGCACAAAAAUUUCGAGUUUUGUGAAUAAUUCAAUCGUGACGGCAGUUAACUAUGCAAAUUUAGUAAACAGGUAAUAAUCGAACGACGUUUUGGCUGCGGGAAAAGAUUUGAAAAAAGGCCAGCAGCUGUUAUCCUGCGUCGGAAGUGUUGUGUAUCGUGCUACAGUUAGUAUGCCUGUGGUUUAUCCAAGAAAAAUGCUGUCACGUUUUCAUCCGUAUCACGGUCAAAAUAUCAUUCUGUUCGAUGAAAACACUGUCGCAUAUCGGAAGGCCAGCUUCGGGAACGCGCUUACAUUUAGCGAGAAACCACUGCAACCGGGAGAGAUUUUCCUGUUGGAAAUCGAAAAAAAUGAACGCGGCUGGAGCGGCCACAUGCGUCUUGGUUUGACUCAGUUGAAUAUUCAACCGGCUUCAUCAUUGCAAUAUGCUUUACCGGAUCUCGCGAAUCUUGGUUCCAGUUGGGUGUUUCCUAUAACGCGAACCGUUGGAAAUGCUACUUCCAAAAGCAGCAUUCUUGGCGAGGGAAUCAAUGUGAAAACUUCCCGUGGUGUGUUUCCACGGAGCUUACUGCGCCCUAUUUCCCAGGAUGGUGCCAGCGCAGAUAUUCUGCCCACCGACACCAACUCUCGGAUUGGAAUUGUUUUCGUGCCAACACCAGAGGAAACGGAUAAGGCGGAAAUGCACUUCAUCAUCAACGGCGAAGAUCAGGGUCCUUGCACGAAAGACAUCCCGUACACGAAGGGCGCUCUGCACGUGGUGAUUGAUGUCUAUGGUACUACCAAACAAGUCAAGAUCAUACAAUUGUACGGUAUAUCAACGCUUCAAAGCGCCUGUAGGGAUGCAAUUUUGACCAGGGUGUCCAAAUCGGCAAUCUGGCAACUUCCGCUGCCGGAGAGCCUCAAGGAUUACUUGCUGCAGUACGGAUCGUAAAGGUGAAUCGUUUAGGAUGUAUCUCUGCUUUGUAUUUACUGUUUGAGAGACUGUACAUUCUGAGUUUACUUCCAUUUUACAUAGAAAGUACACCAUUUUUGUCGAAAGAGCGUUUACGGGGCGAUGGGCGCAAUGUAACUGACAUAUAUACCGAUUUGCACAUUCUCAACAGCCGUGACCAUAUUCCACUUUUGUCGCUUCUUGAUGCAGGAGCACCUGAUUGAAGAUCUGACGCCACCUGCUGAAACACCUUCUUGGCAAGAAUGAUAGUUUUUAUAGCAUAGGUUUGUGAUAUGGAUGAAUCCAACAGGGUGAUCAUUAGAUUUUUCUUUGCUUGUUGCUGACAAAUUCUGAAAAUUUAUUCCCCUACAUACUGUAAAGCAUAAUAAUAUUAGGAAUACAGAUAUAUCUCAUUAUAGAAAAUGGUUUGUCAUUAAAAAUGUUUUUGAAACAAUUCCCUAGAUAGGAAUGUUGGUAAUUACAAAUGGGGCUUCUAGAAACAAUGCUAAACAGACCACAAAUGUAGGUCAAAACA